ACAUAUUCUUCUUCUUUGAAAGAUAAAUAAGUAUGUCACAUUUCCUUUAUGCAAAAUGGCGAUGUAAACAUUGUUUUACAGCAAUUACGAUUAUAAUAGUCAUAUCAAAAUCCAGUUUGAAAUUGGGUAGGUCAAAAUGACCUAGAGUCAGCCUCAAGAUGUUUAUGUCUAGCAAGUAUGAUGAAGAUGUGUCGGAGAACCCAUUUUUUAUGAAGCUGAUGUCCAGCCAUGCAGAACUUAUUGAAAAAGUGACUGUUGCAGAAGGCAUUGUUUGUGUUCCAAAGAUUUCUAUUGCGUCUCACACUACUGUGACUAGAGAAGAUGCAGAGGACCACAUUUUAUUACCUUUUACUGAAGGCUCAGAGGAUGGAGCUAAUGAGGUCUUCAAAACUCUAUCUGGCAAGUUAGUUCAUGUGGACAAAGACAAGCUAACAACAAAAAGUGGAUUUCAAAUUUCAGCAGAGAUUUCUGUUUUGUUUGCGGAGACAUUUCAUGGUGACGUCAACGGCAGUUACAGAGUUUUUUGCAUUGAUGGACUUAUUAACAGAGAAGUUGAAAAGGACAAAGUUCAAAGUUCCCUCAAGAAUGUAUCGCCCACCAGUUACGUGCAAGUACUGGACAUGCUUUGGUCACACUCAGGUGGCCAAAAGAUGAGAGAGUCUCUAGAUAAAAUUCUAAACACAUUUGCUGCAACAUAUGACAGGCUGGAAGGAGAAAGCCUCAGAAGUAUUGUAGAUGCUGCUAAUGCUCAUUUUGCAAAGGCCAUGCAGCUGUUACUUAAAGACUCUGUUGUGGGUAAAUCUGCAAGAUAUAAUCAUCAUUACAUGGAGAAUUUAAAAGUUGCUGUUGAAACCUACAUGAUGAACGCUGUCCACAAACAUCUGUUUCCUGUCAUCAUCGCAACUGUUGCCUCGCAAGAUGCAGAGCUGAACAAAAUCACACGCAACCUCAGGGACCUUCAACUUUCUGACCUGGGCAUUCGGAAAAUAUUUAAUGAAAACAUUCUCCCAGCUAAAAAAGAAUUGAGCCAGCUUAACCGGUACAGUACACCUGUCGGACGAUUGUUCUGCAUUAAAAGAGUAGUUGCUGCCUUGACCAAGGCUCCGAGACUUUCUUCGGUUUCCAGAGAUGGUACCGCAAUGAUGACCAGUGAUGACUUGUUACCCAUAUUGAUAUUUCUGAUUAUCAAAUCUGAAGUUCCUAACUGGAUGGCCAAUCUUGUUUACAUGCAGCAUUUUCACUUUGCUAAGUCUUCGGAUGAUGAUGAAUUCGGAUUCUACCUAGCUUCCAUAGAGGCAGCCUUAGAGCACAUCAAAACUGGAAACAUCAAAGAAGAUAUCAAACCACUGAAGAGAGAUAGGUGGAACACAGUUAUUCUGACAGAGUCCAUGGAGACACCAAACACACCACCAUCGCCAGCAUCUUCUGCAUCAACUCAGUCUUAUAAUUCAAUUAUAGACGAAUUCUUUAAGUAUGUUCAAGAAGGGGAUGAGAGAGCCGUCAUCCAGAUGUUAGAGCAGCCGCAGAAGAGCAGUGAGGAGAUAACCAUGAAAAUGUGCCAUCCCUUGUGCUCCUGUGACCGGUGCGACAAGUUGGUGUCUGAGCUGCGCACCAAUUCUAAACUGGUGACCGCCUAUACGAGGGACAACAAAGGAUACACAGCUUUACACAUCGCUGCCUAUUAUGGCCAGGGUUUGUUGAUUGAUCUCCUGGUCAAGAACCAUGCUGUGGUGGAUGCUACCGACUAUCUGGGACUUACUCCUCUACAUUUGGCUUGCCAGAGAGGAUAUCAAAAUGUCAUGCUUCUUCUCCUUCACUUUGGUGCUGACAUCACAGUAACAGACAAUGAAGGCAACACACCCUUACAUCUGAGCUGUGCUAAUGGGCAUGAAGAUUGUGUGAAGGCUUUGGUUUUUUAUGAUGCCUACACAAAGAAGCUCAACAUCAAUGCAACCAAUGAGCUGGGCAACACCCCCUUGCAUCUUGCAGCCAAAUGGGGUUAUGAUAAUAUCGUGAAGACUUUACUAGAGAAUGGGGCUGGUGCUAAUAUACGUAAUAAAAAGCAACAAACUCCUGUUUCCUUGGCGCAGAAUGUGGUAGUGCAGAGAUGGCUUCAAGUGGCCGCUGAAGGCCUGGACUUUCAUCCUAUUUCACCACAUUUUGUCAGUCCAAAGUCCGGAGCCAGGUCAAGGUCAUCAUCCAUUGCAUCUGCAGGAUCUUUGUCAAACUCACACUCUGACAGCCACUCUAAGGAAGUUGAGGCGUUCAACCAGGAGGCAGCCUGCUUCAGCACAGUCUCGGUCUCACUGGAGGACCCUUCAGAGGCAGAGAGGAGGAGAAAGAAAGAGAGACUGUUCAAGGCCAUCAUUGAGGGAGAUAUACAGCUGGUGAAGUUUUAUUUUGGCCUCCAGUCUGACUCGGGUGAUAUAGAUGAUGACGAUGACCUGCCUGGUUCAGCGGUUGUGACCUCAUCCUCAGGGAUGUGUCACCCCCUUUGUCAGUGUGACAAGUGUGCUGCCGUUCAAAAGGCUACCCGCAAGUCCAGUGACAAAAUGAGUGUGGACGUCAAGACCAACACUGGCUACAGCCCCAUCCACAUGGCAGUGCUACACAACCACAGUGACAUCGUGGAGCUGCUGAUCCUCCUGAAGGCCAAUGUCAGCCUCCAGAACCACAAAGGCAUGACUCCUCUCCAUCUGGCAUGUUGUGUCCGCAGCAGUCUGAUAACAGAUAUGUUGGUCAAAGCCGGGGCGAAAACAGAUGUCAAGGACAUGAACAGCGACACAGCAUUAAUCAUCGCAGCAUCCAAUGGCUUCCUGAACGGAGUACAGAUUCUUAUCAAGGGCGGAGCUGAUCUAAAUAUGACCAACAUGAAAGGUAACACAGCACUUCACGAAGCUUUACGCAGGAAGCAUUUCCAGACUGCUAAUUGUUUACUUGCUGCCGGAGCUGACCCUAGGAUGAAGAACUCCCAAGGAAAACUUCCCUUAGACGAGACUAAUGAUCCUGUUAUGAGAGGCCUUGUUGUGGCGGCCAGCUUUAGACUGGAAGAAGAAACUAAAGCCCAACAGAAUACUAACGCUAACAAACAGAUCUUGACUGACUUCAAACCUGAGAAUGGCCACAUCAGUAUUAAAGAAUUGUUUGCUGCUUUUGAGGAGAAAGACCUUCAUACUCUCCAAUCUCUCGCAGCAUCCAUUCGGACUUUUGAUCGCAAAUCCAAGCUUCGUAAGACAGUGACCCAUGACCACAGCCUCCCACGCCUUGACGGGCUGGUCAGAAAGCAUUCCAUUUUGUCUUUCAACAAAAAUACCCUGCGGAAGGUUCGAUCUGUAGACAAAGCAGACCCCCUUCACGUGUACUCGCUCUUUAAAUCCAAGAGCAUGGACCACGUUGUAGGGAACAGUAACAAUAACAACGAUGAGCUCUUGACUCCUAUGGGAGAUAACUCGUUGUUGCCUAUAUUUGAUUACUCAGAAGACAGGAGUUAUCUGAACUUGCCGUCAUCUGAUAGUUUGGAAAAUGAAAGUAGUGUGACUGAUGACCAGAUCCAGAAAAAGUCAGCGGAGACUGAAAUGCCCGAUAGCCCUAGUUGCUGCAGUUAGACACAUUUCUUGUGGAUUAUUUUGUCAGCCGAAAGUGUUGUAAAUCUCUGUGAUAAGAAAAAUCAGAUCAACAAAAGACUUCAUCAUUAGAUUUUUUUUAAAAGUUUACAACUUAUUAUGACUUAUAACAGACAUAGUUAUGUCCAUUCAACAUAUACUAACCAAUGGCUGGCUACAUACUGUGGGUUAAAGAUGGUUAAUUUACUGGGAAAGAGCUCUGAACUGACUGCUGGGAAAUGUACGAGAGGUCAAGAAUUAAAUCUAAGCUAGUUUUUUUUUUUCAUAAAAAAGAGGUUUCCUUUUUGUUUCUACUUUAAAUCAAAAGAUGAACAAGUUUGGGUUUUUAUUGGUUUAAUUGUUGUUUUUACAAAGCUUAUAUCAACUCACUUUGUUUGUCUGUCUGGUAAAAAGUGUGUACACGUUAUUUCUCCCACACCCAUUCUCAGAUCAAGUUGAAACUUUGCAAAAUUAUUCAUAGACAUAGAUAAGACAUAAAUUAAUAGAAAAAAACUAAUUAAUUAGACAAUUAAUUACUGGUAAUUUUUUUUUAAUAGCAGCAAGGGAAACUAUUGCUUCAGUUUUCACUUAAAUGGGUAAAUUAGUUGGGUUUAGUCCCCUUAAAUAAUUAUUUAUGCUAUUUCUCCCUCACACAUUCUCUGAUCAAGUUGAUACUUUAAACAAGUAUUUAUUAUACCUAACAAAACAUGAAUCAAUAAACAAAAAUACUCAAUUAGUGAAUUAAUUAUUGUUAAUUUAUUAUUUUGAUUGAUGUUGAAUUAGGGAAAUAUCUUGUACAUUAUUGUUAGAUAUAGUUUUAAAGACAGAAUACCUCCCCUUUAGAUAAGCUUUGUUGUUUUUUUUUAAAGGAUUUUUUUAUAUUUUGCUGUGUUUUUCUUGUUUUUUUUUUCUAGAAUAUUCUGUGUAUGUUUUUUUU